GAGAGAGAGAGAGAGAGAGAGAGAGGAGUACUCCUCAGGUUUUCUGCUUACGAAAUGACUACAGCUACAGAAUAUGGAGCCACUUCUUGGGAGCUCUGUGUGCAAUUGGAGCAUCAGUAUGAAGGCGAACCAAAGAAGUUUAAUAUCAGAGUCACAGGAGACCUCCACAUUGGGGGGCUGAUGCUCAAAUUAGUCGAACAAAUCCAGAUACCUCAAGACUGGUCAGACUACGCUCUUUGGUGGGAACAGAAGAACUGCUGGCUGUUGAAAACCCACUGGACACUGGACAAAUAUGGAGUCCAGGCUGAUGCUAAUCUUCUCUACACACCUCAGCACAAAGCUCUGCGGCUGCAGCUGCCAAAUAUGAAGACUGUAAGGCUGAAGGUCAGCUUCUCCGCUAAGGUUUUCAAGGCUGUCACUGAAAUCUGCAAAACCCUAAAUAUCAGAAGGUCAGAGGAGCUGUCCCUACUAAAGCCACUGGAUGAACCACAGAAAAAGAAGAAGAAAAAAGAGAAAAGCAAUGAUCCAAUUAUUGAAGACAUUUUAAAUUUGGACAACACUGCGGUCACACCAGGAUCUGCAGCAAGCCCUGGUCUGUACAGUAAAACCAUGACACCUAUAUAUGAUCCAGUCAGCGGAACUCCAGCGUCUUCUACUAUGAUGUGGUUCAGUGACAGUCUUCUAACAGAACAGAACUGUAAUGUCCUGGCUGUCAGCCAGUCAAACUGCCCACCUGAAAAACUAGCAAAGCUUUACCAGCCACUAUCUUUAGUAGACAAAGCAGCAAUAAAUGCAGGAUGGUUAGAUUCAUCCCGCUCCCUCAUGGAACAAGGCUUUCAGGAGGAGGAUAACCUUCUGUUGCGCUUCAAGUACUUCAGUUUCUUUGACUUGAACCCAAAAUACGAUGCUGUCAGAAUAAACCAACUCUAUGAACAGGCACGGUGGGCAAUACUUUUGGAGGAAAUUGAAUGCACUGAAGAAGAAAUGUUCAUGUUUGCCUCACUGCAGUACCAUAUAAGCAAGAUAUCCAAGUCUUCUGAACCGCAAAGUUAUUCAAAUGAGCCUGACAUAGAUGAAGUAGAAGCUGCCCUAGCUAAUCUGGAAGUGACACUUGAUGGACCACAUUCAGACAGAAUUCUGGAGGACAUCACUGAUAUACCAAAGCUUUCUGAUUAUCUGAAGCUUUUCAGGCCCAAAAAGCUGACCCUGCGAGCGUAUAAAGAGUACUGGUUUGUUUUUAAAGACACCUCCAUAUCAUACUACAAGAAUAUGGAAAGUGCUCGAGCAGAACCCAUUGAACAGCUGCACCUAAGAGGUUGUGAAGUUGUACCCGAUGUUAAUGUCUCAAGCAAAAAAUUUGGAAUCAAACUCUUAAUUCCUGUAGCCGAUGGCAUGAAUGAAAUCUACCUGCGAUGUGAAAAUGAGAAUCAGUACGCCAAAUGGAUGGCAGCAUGCAUGCUGGCUUCCAAAGGGAAAACGAUGGCCUACAGCUCCUACCGAACUGAAGUCCGCAACAUUCAGUCUUUCCUGAAAAUGAAGGACCUAAACUCAGCUCAAGCACAAGCUGCUCCGAAUCUAGAAGCCAUGGAGAUGAACUCAGAAUGCUUUGUGUCUCCCAGAUUCGUGAAAAAGUACAAAAACAAACAGCUAACAGCACGUAUCCUGGAAGCACAUCAGAAUGUCUCACAAAUGUCUCUUGUGGAAGCCAAAAUGCGUUUUAUACAAGCAUGGCAGGCACUACCUGAGUUUGGCAUCAAAUACUAUAUUGUAAGGUUUCGAGGAUGCAAGAAAGAUGAGCUGUUGGGAAUUUCCUACAACAGAUUAAUAAGGAUAGAUAUGAGUACUUGUCUUCCAAUAAUAACCUGGCGGUUCUCGAACAUGAAGCAGUGGAAUGUAAACUGGGAGAUUCGUCAGGUGGCAAUUGAGUUUGAUCAGAAUGUGUCAAUCGCAUUUGCCUGCCUGAGUUGCGACUGUAAGAUCGUCCAUGAGUACAUUGGAGGAUACAUUUUCCUGUCAACCCGAUCCAAGGAUCAAAAUGAAACUUUAGAUGAAGAACUUUUCCAUAAGCUUACAGGAGGCCAGGACUAAGAAUGUGUUACUGUUAGCUUAUUCUAAAUGUAUGAGCACAGUGAAUCACUGGCCAAACUAACUCCACGUUUUCUGUAACAAAACAAACUCCAGAUGACACUGACAAAGGAUGCAUUUGGCUUGCUAAAAACAUUGUGAUAUAUGUAAUACACAUAACAGGGUCUGUUCAAAUAUUGAAAUAUUGAAAAUGUUAGUGAUUUAAAAGGAUGGCAGCAACAUACAAAUGAUUAUUUUUGGACAGAUAAAUACAUUUUGAAAGUUUCCUCGUGAAUAUAGUUUUUUUUUUCUGAUGAUUUUCCACGUUGGAAAUGAGUUUACAGAAAUUCUUCAAUUGCCAAGUCCCAAAUUACAGUAAUUAUUUUGUACCUGCAGUGUUUAGAAUCACAUUUGAGUCAUAUAUUAGCUGGAGAAAACCUUUUAUUAACAUUUACUUGGGAGUUUGCCAGAGUUUGCCAGGAGAAAGAAAAUUGACCUUAUAAGGAUCACAAUGUGUCCAGAUUAUGCGCCCUCCUGCAACAAUUCUGGAUUCACUGCGAUGUUUAGAAGAAAAAAUACUUUCUCCUAGCAAUCAUUCCCAAAAGUUGUAAAAGUAAUCCCCUAGUUCAGGGAUUUUCAACUUGGGGUACACAGAACACCUCAGAAAUGCACAAAUUAAAAUGAAAGUAAAAGAAAUAAUGAUUUUUUAAAUUAAUUCUAUAUUCUCAAAAACACUGUGUAUAAUUAUUUAAUCUUUGCUUAGCAACUCAAAGAGAACCACAGAUGAAAAUAAAUAUACAGAAUCUAUCGUGUCCACUUUUUCCACCUGUACGCAUGUGCAAUUUCGAUUGCAUGGCUUUUAUAGAGGUGAAGCAGGCAUCUGCCAAUUGUGCCUAUGGAGAGCGCUCUAUGCAGCUCAUGAUUUUUGCUCUUUUCAACCUGUCGUAUCAGUGAAGCACAGUGUUUCUGCUAUAUAUUUUUUAAAAGUAUAAAUGCUCCAGUAAACAUAAAUAGUAGGCUGAUCACAAUACUCAGACUUCGACCGGGUUUUGUUUUAUUUAUUAUCGCGGCUGCAUUUAGUAACAGCAAUAGUGGCUGGUUGAUUAUGUUGUCAUUGUUUGAAAUGGAUGCAUUUCUUACUUGCAUAGCAAAAAAGAAGGAUUAAAACACGAAGUGCAAAGCUUUGGAUAAUUAGGCUGGCUUUAAUAUAUUUAUAAUAUAUAUAUUUAAUAUAACAGAUAUUUUUGAUACUGUAAACAUUUUAAAUGGCACACGUAAUUAUGCUGAGGUGGGAAUUAAAUGGUAACGUGAUAAACAUUUACAUUGCAGACUAUUUUGUAUUAGUGUAAUGAUUUGCCAAAUAGAAAGCGCAAGUGUUUCCAAAGAUAUUCAUAAAUACUGUAUUUUAAUUCUGUGCAUCCAAAGACAUGUAAUUAAGUUUUAAUAAUUAAGCCUACUGUUUUGUAUUCUGUCUUAAAUCAGCAGUUUGACAGCACCAGACUGUUGUGAAAAAUUUAAUAUUAAAUAAAUGGGGGG